UGUGUGUGCUGCUACUAAGGACAACCACUCCAUGGCCCAACAAGUUGUGGCAAGUGUGGCGUGUAGCUAACGUAUCGAUCCCAGACGUUUUGUCAUUAACAACCGAUCACACACACCUCGGUGUGCAGGUUGGAUACAGGGCUACGAUACACAAGCACCUGUUUUACAACCAGUUUCAGGCAAUGGUGUGAGUCUUCAAUGCACACUAUGAGAUGACCAUUGCUUGAAGUCAGGCUUACCAAACGAUGACCACAAUGGAUAGUCCACACAAGGACAUGGAUUACUACACAGGCCCAGACAAAAGUGACCGAGGCUAUGCAGCAGAUCACAGUGAACACAGUGAGCCAGAUGAAAGCAAACACAAAAAUGACAUAAACCGUGGGCUUGCUGCCAACUUCUUUAUCAAUGGAGAUGUGUUCUUCACAGCCAAACGUGUGGUCUAUAAUCCUAAACAUUUUAAGGACAUGAGUCAUUAUCUGGACUAUUUAACUGAUCGCAUUGCUCCAAGAUUUGGUGCUGUACGAAAAAUUCAUACGCCUAAAUAUGGACAUAGAAUAUCUGAACUGAAGGAAUUAAAAGAGAACGCUUCCUACGUUGUAGCUGGGAAUGAACGUUUCAAGACAUACCCUUAUGAACAGAUCGCCCCAACAGACAAGAGAAAGUCUCCACCUUUUAAAUAUGACGCUGAGCCAGUGCUUCACAACAGAAUGUAUCUCAACUCAGGAAAAAUACAUAAAAUAGAUACUCAUGCCACACUGAUCAAAGUCUGGCCCAAUGGUGGUGACCUUAGAGGACCAAGGCGUGUGCUACUUACACCAAGAGUUCGACCAUUCACAUUAGAGAAUGUUUUAUCCCAAGUCAAUGACAUGUUGAAAGAGGAUUGUUUAGGGACUGUAGAGAAGCUAUACUUGUUGACUGGUAUUAAGGUAUCAGAUGUAGACCAAAUAGUACCGAAUGGACAAUAUGUGGCUUGUAGGAAGACGGAAAGAUUUAAAAGAGCUAAAUACAAUGACCAAGGAGUGAAAAAUCUGGCCACUUCUCCCAGACUAGAGCGUAAAUUUUUAGCCCCUCUACAUCCAAGAUCUAAUAAUAGUACAAACCAGUCAACCCCAGAACAUUCCAAUGAAUCUACACAGAAUUCAGUUCACAGUUAUCCUUACAGACAAAAACUGUUGGCCAAAGAAGAGAAUGUUUUCCCAGCCAAACCAGUCAAAUACCAGAGAGCUCCAGAGAAAACAGACACCAAUGUUGAUUAUGAUACAGAUCAUGGGGGAGUUUUUAAAGCCAAACAAUCUAACAAAACAACUAAAGAUGCCAAAGAAAUUCCUGACUCUAGACAUACCAAGACGGACUAUCCCAUAGAUAGACAGAAAGCUGAGGAAGUGGAGGAUGAAUUUAUUCCACCAAGAAACACAAAGAAAGCAAAAGAGGAAACUCUAACCAAAAAGGGAGACAACUAUAGAGCUGCUCAGACUAAUUCUUCAAGCAAAAAAUCUAACCAACAAGAGGAGGAAAUAAAAUCAGCCACCAAAAUUCAAUCAGGUUAUCGAGGUUACAAAGCCAGGCAAGAAAUGGUGGAUAAAUCAAAAAAAUCUGCUCCUAAAAACUCUGCACCACUAACUGAUCAUUUUGAUGAAGAGGAAAGAGCAGCAGCUAAGAUUCAGGCAGGUUUUCGUGGUUACCAAACCAGAAAAAAUCUUGACAAAUUCAAAGACAAAGAUUAUGAAAAGGGGAAACAGCCCAAAGAAGACAAUACAUCUAAAAAACAGCCCAAAGAAAACAGUACACCUAGAAAACAGCCCAAAGAAGACAGUACACCUAGAAAAGUUGUAAAACCAAAAGAAGCAACAAAAGCUGAAAAAGAUGCUGCUGCUGCCAAAAUCCAGGCAAGUUACCGUGGAUACAGAUCCAGACAAGAUCUUCAAAGACAUAAGGAAGAGGAGUCAGCACUUAGAAUUCAGUCUGGUUACCGUGGUUACCAAACAAGAAAACAGCUAAGUGAUGCUAAUGAGAAAAUGAAAGAGACCAAACCAAAAGGAGAUUCUCAAAAAGAGAAAAAUCCUAAACAAGUACCUAAGAAAAACCAAGAUGAAGACAUGUGGGACCAGGAAGAAUGGGCUGCAACCAAAAUUCAGUCUGCAUAUCGUGGUUACACAGCAAGAAAGACUUUAGAGAGAUCUGACCUUCAUGGGAAGUCUACUAGUAGAAAUGAGGAUGCUGCUGCUGCCAAAAUCCAGGCAUCUUACAGGUCACACUUACAAAGAAAGUCUUUAAGAGAGAAAAACAAAGUUGAUCAGCAUGCCAGAGAGAUGGCUGCAUUCAAGAUUCAAUCCUCCUACAGAGGCUAUAGAUCACACCAAGAUAGGCUUAAGAAAAACAAUGCUGCUUUGAAGAUUCAAGCAAGUUACAGAGGAUACCAAACAAGAAAACUAAACAGUCAUUCACAGAAGAAAUCAAUGGAGUUGUCUGCUAGAAAGAUUCAAGCUGCUUAUAGAGGCUACCUUUACAGACGGCAAAGUCAAACAAAACAUAUCAAUGAAGAGGAUGAAAUUAAAGCAGCAAAAAAAAUACAAGCUACUUAUCGAGGUCAUCAAACUCGGCAAUAUGUAUCGCAAAAAAAUAAAAAGGACAUGGCAGCUAGUAAAAUCCAAUCAGCUUACAGAGGCUAUCAAAACAGGAAACACUUAAAAGCUGGAAGCACAGCAGACAGAAUUAAUGCAUCUGUUAAAAUUCAGGCAGGCUAUAGAGGAUAUAAGGGGAGAGAACAUCUAGCUCACCAGGAGCAGAUCAAAGCUGCUGUAAAAAUCCAAUCAUCGUAUCGAGCUCAUCAAGCAAGGAAAUCCAUAAAGCAGAAAGAAAGGAAUGCUAUAAAGAUCCAGGCUACUUAUAGAGGUUACCUUUCAAGAAAACAGGUCAAUGUCAAAAAGCGAAAUGCUGCAGCAGUCAAAAUUCAGUCAGGCUAUCGAAGCUUCAAAACAAGAAAGCAACUGACAAAUCAAAAAGAACUUCAGGCCAAAAACAUCAUUCAACAAGAGAAAGCCGCAAGUCUGAUUCAGGCCAGUUAUAGAGGUUAUGUUUCUAGAAAAAUACAAAAGUCUGCAAUACAUGAAAAAAGUCAAAAAGAAGCUGCUGCUCGUCUUAUUCAAUUACAAUACCGACAUUAUAGAAGUCAGAAGAACUAAGAGAACACUAAGAAAUUAACUUUUGAAUACAUCUGAGUUUCUCAGUGUAUGUGUUGACUCCAUGUUGAUCUCUACCAAGAUUAUUCUACUUCAAAGCAAUCCUUAGAGAUUUUCUUUGAUCAAAUAUUUAUCAUUUUUCAGUUUUCUUGAUACAUAAAAAAAAAAAUCAAAAGUUUUCUCUUUGCUGUCCAUACUUAUGUCUACAAUAUAUUUGUUUCGUAUGUCAUAACAAUAAUAGCAAUAUUUUAAAUGUUUGGUUUUAAUUUGAAUACAUGAACUUUUCAUGACUUGGAUCAAAGGAUGUGAUUCACCAACAGAAGUGUUUGCUUUAGUUUAAUUAUUUAAAACUGUAAAGCCAAUCUGCUCUCAUAACUUGAGUUUUCAUUACUUAGUUCUGAAUUGAAAUCUAAUAUUAAAAACAAAAAGAACUCCAGUAAUAUAAUUUGUUGAUAGUUUGUUAUGUAUAUAUAUCCCAUUAUCAUAGUUUGUUACAUACACAAUUUCUAAUAUGAUCAUUUGAUUUAAAAUUGGUGUAAAAAUGAAUCAAUAUAUUUGACAACAUCAAGCAUCAAAUUUAUUUCUUAAUUAUUGGCUGUUUCAUUAGCUUCUUUUUUUUAUCCUAAGAAAUGUCCCUAAGACAUCCCACUGUUGAAUUAAUAGUAUUUGAAAUGGAUUAUUUAUUGAACAUUCUCUUGUGUAUUCUGUGUUGUUUUUUUUUGUUUCCGUUGACUCAUGCUAUGGUUUCACCCUAUGUAUGUGUGUUGAAGGGCACUUCUCCUAUAUGUCUGAUGAUACUUUUCACUUAUCAAUACUUUGCAAGCACUGAUCUAUAAGUUGUCUCUAGUGUAAUGCUAGCAGCUCAUGAAGGACAUAUAUGUUGAUCAAAUAGUAUUUGAAUGUUGACAAUUCAAAGAAUUGCUAAGCAUGUAAGAGGCAUCAAGCUUACAGUACUAAAUAAAUGUAUAUAUUAUUCUAUAAGUCUAUUGAUUUCCUGAAUAAAUCUCUAAAUCAGUGUUUCUCAAACUGUGGGUUGCAAGCUCCUAAAAAUGUGUUUGCAUUGUCUGGCUGGUGGGGUGGAGUAAACUGCUGAUGAUAAAUCCAGAAAGAACUUUUUGAGUGUAAAAAAGACUAUGAAACAACAAAUCAAAAGAAAAAAAGAUGAGCGUUGGUGUCAUCAUAGUGUUGAUGAGAUGAGCGUUGGUGUCAUCAUAGUGUUGAUGAGAUGAGCGUUGGUGUCAUCAUAGUGUUGAUGAGAUGAGUGUUGGUGUCAUCAUAGUGUUGAUGAGUGUUGGUGUCAUCAUAGUGUUGAUGAGAUGAGCAUUGAUGUCAUCAUAUUGUCAAAUAUAUAUUUGCACGGAAGAAAUAAGAAAUAGUGUUUCUAUAUGUCUUUAAAUUUAUUUUCCUUUCUCAUUAGAUUUUCAAAAAGCUUCUUGGAUCCCACAUGGGGAGGAAAUUCAAAAUCUCUUAACAGUUUGACAGUCAAUUAUUCUGACAUAAGAAAAGAAAAAGUAAAACCAAAGCAAACUUGAUAUUUUUAUACUACCUAAAUGUCCAUAAAAACCACAACUUGAUCAAGUUUAGAAAAGAAAAUGUAUUAUUAGAUAUAUACAAAUUGAUUUAAUAUCUCCGUAUUUAAUUGUCACAAAACUAAUGUUAUCUAAGUUAUCUAUUCAGGUUUUGUAAUCAAUUUAAGGUUUCACUUGUACUACAGUAUUUAAUCCGUCCAUUAUUAUACAUUGGGAUAUGAAUUGGACAAAGUUGUGUACAAAAAAAAAUGCUUAUUUUAUUUUAUUAGUUAUAUUUGUUUAUUGCUAAAUGAAGGUGGAACUAAUUGUUUGUGGUCUUAAGUACUGGGUAGUCUUUGGACCAGAUAAUUGUAGUUCUUUUAGAGGGUCUAUUCAACAGUUUCACUUCAAUCCUGCUGAGUACAUUGAACUUUCUUCAAAAAAAAAUAAAAAUCUAAUAAUAACUAAUAAUUAACUAUGCUCUUUUCUGUAACUCUGUAACUGCAGCUUUUGGCUGUAGGUUAGUGUUGAACACUGAUGUCAUUACAGAAACAAUGUAGAGGUUCACUUGAUUUCACUGUAUUUUAUUAAUAAUAUUUACACCAUUGGAGAAAAAAAAAUGUAGUGGUUCAUUUGAUUUCAUUGUAUUUUGUCCAAUAACAAAUAGAAUAAAAUUUGCAUCAUCCA